AUGGUUGAGAUUGAAGAGCAAAAUUCACAGAUUUUUACUCCACCGACAGGUUAUAUACCGACUUCAGAAACACAAUAUUAUUUUAAUCCAGAAAGCAAUAUUUGGUUUGAUACGCAUUCUGGCGUAUAUUCAAUAUAUGAUGAAUCUACUCAGACGUAUACCCCUAUCGAGCUACCAUCAACGAUAUAUACUUCACCUUCUGCCAGUAUUGAGCUUACCGCAAUAGACCAUGGUGAGCCUGGUAGUGAUGCAACACUCAGAUUAGUAGUUUUAGAAUCAGAGAUUUUGCAAACAGGUCACUUGGUUUUAGUAGAUGCAAAUGGAAUCUCUAUGGGGAGAGAUAGAUGGGAUGAUCGUCGGCUUCGUUUGGCUGAAAUGCCAACAUCAAAACAUCAUUGUCAAAUAUUUUGUUCUUCACCUAAUGCUUCUGAUAAUAAUGUUGGCGAUGAUGACGAUUUAUCAACCCUUACUAAUUUAGAUACCUUUUUCAUUGUUGACAACGGAUCACAAAAUGGUACGUUUGUUAACUCGAAAAGAUUAUCCGAAAGUAAAGUGAGCUCCAAACCUUAUCAAUUAAAUCACAUGGACGAAUUAAUAGUGGGAAGCACAAAAUUUCAAGUGCAUUUGCACAAAAAAUGGACUUGCGAUGUAUGUACUGUUACUGAAGGAAAAAUGAUUGACAUAUCACAAAAGUUUGAUGGAAAUGUUAAUUAUAGUAAAACAAAGCAGAGGAAUAUCGAGGGAGAUAAUGGCGUUAUCAAUAGCAGUAAUAAUGCUACACAAAAAGAACUUUUAGAAUUUCAGAGACGCGAAGAGCUAAAUCGAUUGAAACGUAAAUAUAUGGGUCCGUCAAAUGCUAAUCAUAAAAAAAAAUAUGUUGAUCGAGCAGCGAUAAGACGAGGUAUAUAUCCAGACAACAGUCCAAUUAGAAAAGAUUGGGAAGAUGACUCUACGAUACCUCAAGAAAAGGAUAUAAGUGUUCAGACUAAAAUUGGAUCUGAUAAUAAAGGAAAUAAGCUUCUUCAAAAGAUGGGCUGGAAGGAAGGACAAGGGUUAGGACGCGACGGUACAGGAAUCCUUGAUCCAGUGCAGCUUGUGACAAAUAAUGGAACAGCAGGACUUGGUGCCGGCCUUGGGAAAAAUACCAAGAAUGUUUCUGAAACAUUGCAAGAAGCAACUCGGCGGUAUGAGAUCAUAUAUCAAUUAGCAACAAUCUCCAUUUAUUCAUAUUUUCAAUCCUUUCUCACUGUUAUUUCAUGA